CGUGAUCAUUUCUGUUCCUCUGGGACAAACAUUUAUAAUGUCUGUUAGAUGGAUGAUGCUGAGAAGCCAAAGAGUAGACCUCCUGCUCGGCUAGAGUCACUGAAAAUUCACAAAGAACAAGAAGUCACCAGAAAGGAAGACAUUGAGAUGAAGAUGAGACAGGUGGAGGAGAGGAGAAAGGAGAAGGAGGAAGACCUGAAACGCAGGUUGAGGAUUAAAUCAGCACGGCCGAGUUUCGCUGCCCCAGUGACCGCAGACGGGGAACUCGACCCCUUGGAACUGCUCCAUUCCGAACAGCUUCCUGUCCCAACCAGAACCAAACAGCUGCAAUCAAUGGAGCCAGUCAAUGGAGAGUCUGAGGACCAAAGACUUAAUGAUUCCCCAGAACUGGAAAAUGACUCCACCUUCCAACAGACUGAAGACACAGAUGAGGGAUUUUAAACCUGCUGCUUAUGUGUGUUUCAGAAUGACACAUGCAGGAUAACCUGCCUCCAUACAUACAGAAGCAGCUUGAUCUAGUGAUGUUUCCUAAUGUACAUUCUUAGAGUUGCACAUGCACUUUACAUGUUAUUCACUUGAUUAAUCUUGUUUAUUUUAAUGCAGGGUAUGGCUCAGAUCAAAUUCUGACUUUGGGUUUUACAUUAUCAUGGACGUAUGUGCCUAAUAAGUGUAAACAGGUUGAUGCAGUCAUUAUGUAGGUAGCAGAACAAUGAUUUGAAGGGUUAACAAUUCAGCAUGAUAUAUACUAUAUGCAAGUUGCCAAUGAGAUAUCUUUCAUACUUGAAUUUUAAGAACAUUAUUCUUUCUCAAAAGUUUGGG